AUGAGGUUGCCUUUCCAUCUUCCUGGACAACAAACAGUUUGUUUCGGUCCUGAUGAAGAUAUUAAUCAGGUGCUAAACAAGCCAUCUGUGAACUCAUUAAUGUUUUUGUCUUGGAUGCAACGUAAUCAAGAUCCUAACGACCCUGUUGCACGUACACUAACAUAUGUACAGUUUCCACGUUUUUAUGUGUGGAAGCUUGACCAGCGUAUAUGGUUUCCGAGAAUAAAAGGAAAAACAAUUGGAAGAAUUCAUUCCGUUUCUCUGUCUACCGGUGAAGCAUACUAUUUAAGAAUUCUUCUUAACAAAGUUAAAGGACCAACAUCGUUUGAUGAUAUUAAAACAGUUAAUGGUCGAGUGUACGAUACUUUUAGAGAUGCUUGCUAUGCGCUUGGUUUGUUGGAUGACGACUCGGAGUACAUUGAGGCCAUCAAAGAAGCAAGUAUAUCAGGUAGCGCAGGUUAUAUUCGCAAUUUAUUCGCCACCAUGUUACUGUCAAGCACUUUAUCUAGACCUGAAGUAGUCUGGGAAAGCACAUGGAAGUAUAUGACAGAUGAUUUUCUGUACAGAUUCUCAAAGUAUCAUCGUGUUUCAGGUUUAUCAAUUCCUGAUGAGCAACUAAAGAACUAUGUUUUAUGCGAAAUUGAGAAGUUUUUAACUCGAAAUAAUUCAUCGCUUCGAAGAUUUGUAUCAAUGCCUUACCCGGAUACUUCAUCUUUAGAUAACUUUCGCUGUCGAUUGAUUAACGAAGAGCUUGCAUACGAUAGAACAGAUUUACAAAAUGUUUAUCAAGGUCAGGUGAAUUUGUUAACGGAUGAACAACGUUCAGUAUAUGAAGAAAUUAUGAACGCAGUUGAUGGAGACAAUGGAGGAGUAUUUUUUGUUUACGGUUAUGGCGGGACUGGUAAAACAUUUUUAUGGAAAACAUUGUCUGCUGCAAUUAGGUCAAAAGGUGAGAUCGUAUUAAACGUUACAUCUAGCGGAAUUGCAUCAUUGUUGUUGGAUGGAGGAAGAACGGCGCAGCAUUCUAGGUUUCAUAUACCUUUGAAUCUUAAUGAGGAUUCCGUUUGUCACAUUAAACCUGACGAUGAUGUAACUAAAUUACUACAACAUACCAAACUCAUUAUAUGGGAUGAAGCUCCUAUGGUUCAUAAACAUGCAUUUGAGGCUUUGGAUAGAACUAUGCAUGACAUUUUCAAUAUAUCUAAUUCAUCCAGGUCUGAUGUUGUAUUUGGAGGAAAGGUUAUUGUAUUUGGUGGUGAUUUUAGGCAAAUAUUACAUGUUGUUCCAAACGGUGGACGAUAA